AUGUGGUCCCAGAGGAACCAACCUACACGAAAGUCAAUGUCAAUCACUGAAGUUUAUGUGGUCCCAGAGGAACCAACACUCACUGGUUACAAGUUCUAUGUGUUCCCAGAGGAACCAACCUACACGAAAGUCAAUGUGGUUACAGAGGAACUAACCUCACUGAAGUUCUAUGUGGUCCCAGAGGAACCAACUACACGAAAUCGAAAAUGUGUUACAGAGGAACUAACCUCACUGAAGUUCUAUGUGGUCCCAGAGGAACCAACCUACACGAAAGUCAAUGUGGUUACAGAGGAACUAACCUCACUGAAGUUCUAUGUGGUCCCAGAGGAACCAACCUACACGAAAGUCAAUGUGGUUACAGAGGAACUAACCUCACUGAAGUUCUAUGUGGUCCCCAGAAAGGAACCAGCCUACCAAAGAAUGUCAACCUGUGAAGUUCUAUGUGGUCCCAGAGGACACGAAAGUCCCAGAGGAACCAACCUACACGAAAGUCAAUGUGGUUACAGAGGAACUAACCUCACUGAAGUUCUAUGUGGUCCCAGAGGAACCAACCUACACGAAAGUCAAUGUGGUUACAGAGGAACUAACCUCACUGAAAUUCUUUGUGGUCCAAGAGGAACCAACCUACACGAAAGUCAAUGUGGUUACAGAGGAACUAACCUCACUGAAGUUCUAUGUGGUCCCAGAGGAACCAACCUACACGAAAGUCAAUGUGGUUACAGAGGAACUAACCUCACUGAAGUUCUAUGUGGUCCCAGAGGAACCAACCUACACGAAAGUCAAUGUGGUUACAGAGGAACUAACCUCACUGAAGUUGGAGAGUUCUAUGUGGUCCCAGAGGAACCAACCUCCAGAGGAAAAGUCGAAAGUAAUGUGGUUACAGAGGAACUAACCUCACUGAAGUUCUAUGUGGUCCCAGAGGAACCAACCUACACGAAAGUCAAUGUGGUUACAGAGGAACUAACCUCACUGAAAUUCUAUGUGGUCCCAGAGGAACCAACCUCCCCGAAAGUCAAUGUGGUUACAGAGGAACUAACCUCACUGAAGUUCUAUGUGGUCCCAGAAGGAACAGAGGAACCAACCUAUUCUGAAGUUUUGUGGUCCAAGAGGAGAGGAGUCAAUGUGAGUUUACAGAGGGAACCAAACCUCACUGGUUACAGAGGAAGUUCUAUGUGUUCUAUGGUCCCAGAGGAACCAACCUACACGAAAGUCAAUGUGGUUACAGAGGAACUAAAGUUCUUUGUGGUCCCAGAGGAACCAACCUACCCGAAAGUCAAUGUGGUUACAGAGGAACUAACCUCACUGAAUUCUUUGUGGUUCACGAGAAGUCAAUGUGGUUACAGAGGAACCAACCUGCACGAAAGUCAAUGUGUUUACAGAGGAACUAACCUCACUGAGGUCUUUGUGGUCCCAGAGGAACCAACCUCCCCGAAAGUCAAUGUGGUUACAGAGGAACCAACCUCACUGAAGUUCUAUGUGGUCCCAGAGGAACCAACCUACACGAAAGUCAAUGUGGUUACAGAGGAACUAACCUCACUGAAGUUCUAUGUGGUCCCAGAGGAAACCAACCUACACGAAAGUCAAUGUGGUUACAGAGGAACUAACCUCACUGAAGUUCUAUGUGGUCCCAGAGGAACCAACCUACACGAAAGUCAAUGUGGUUACAGAGGAACUAACCUCACUGAAGUUCUAUGGUCCCAGAGGAACCAACCCACACGAAAGUCCACUGAAGUCCCAGAACCAACCCACACGAAAGUCAAUGUGGUUACAGAGGAACCAACUCACUGA